UCGUGAUACGUGAAGCUGAAUGAAAAAUUACACAAUCAUUCUUUCCCCACUUCAAUCAGCACAGCUGUUAUCGUUAAUUACGAAUAACUUGCAUGACGUAUAGUUUCCACGCAUUCUAUAGCUGAAUGUGUUUACUUAUUAAAAAACAAACAAUUACAAAGCUGUAACAAUUCUAUAACCGUGACAAUUCUAUAGUAUAAACAUUCAAUUCUACAGUUCCAACAUGGAGACUACACUACAUGAUCCAUAUUUGAGACAUCUUUUCGACGGAAAUAAUUCGUUUAAUGUUUAUAAUGAAGAAGUUGCGAACUUAUCGGUCGGUGCACCCGGUCCUGAUCUACUUCAGCAUUGUGUAGAAAUGAUAAAAACAGCGACAGAUCAUAGACUGGAAAAAGAAAAGAAAGAAGGAAAAUAUUAUUUAUUUCAAUACGGUAUAACAGCAGGUUUAUGGGAAUGUCGAGAAGAAUUGGCGAUGUUUUUGAGCAGGCGUUAUGGCGACCCUGUGAAGAGGGAAAAUUUGAUUUUGACAUGUGGUGCUUCGCAUGGUCUUCAAUUAUUAUUGAAUACCGUUCUGUCACCUAAUGGAAUUAUUUUCGUGGAAGAAGUCACUUACAUGAUAGCACUAGACGCCUUCAAACAGUUUCCAUUAAUGAAAAUAGUUACAGUACCAAUGAAAAAUGACGUGGUCGACCUAGACGCGUUUGAGAAAAUAGUUCAGCAAGAGAAGCAAAAGGGUAACUUUCUUCUAAACGAAGAAAAGUUAUUUUGGGCUAUGUUCUACACGAUUCCCACGUUCCACAAUCCAACUGGAACAACCUUACCCGAAGAAAAUUGUAAACGUCUGGUUGAAAUAGCACGAAAUACUUCCAUAAUGAUUGCCUGCGACGAUGUAUACAAUUUAUUGAAUUACGGAAACGGUUUUCCACCACAUCGAUUGUACUUCUACGAUGAUCCAAGCGAUCCUAACUACAAGGGUGGCAAUAUUGUAUCGAAUGGAUCAUUUUCAAAGAUUCUAUCUCCGGGUAUUCGUUGUGGAUGGAUCGAAUGUAGUCCGAGAGUAGCUGAAAUCUUUAGAUCAUCAGGUAUUUUGCGCAGUGGCGGUGGAGUUAAUAAUUACAUUUUCGGUGUAAUUGCAAGUUUAUUGCAUUUAAAAAUUCAAGACGCUCAUCUCGACAAACUCAUUCAGAUUUAUAGGGAACGAUUAUCGGCGUUGUGUGAUGUAUUAGACCACGAUUUACCAAAGGAUUGUUCAUAUCAGCGGCCAGAGGGUGGCUAUUUUGUAUGGAUUCAUCUACCUCUAGGUAACUAUUCUUCUGUAAAAGAUUACAUGUUGUAA